AGAGAACGUCGGCUAGGCUUCGCGAGUGAACCGUCAACAAACCUUUCCCGCAACCAUUUCGAAACCGGGAACUUUAAGAAUCAAAAAUGUGACCGAAUACCCCAUGUUUUUGUUGCCAGUCAGGUGUUAAACUGCGUAUGGGAUAGGAGGCAUGGUCUAAAGGACCAGAUGAGCAGUUUCAGUGUUGGCGGUUUAGAAAGAUUACAAAAAUUGCUUCCCACGGCAGUCCGGCGCGAGCGUACAUCGCCUACCACAAACUUGGCGCUGGCAUGGAGGCGCAGACAGCCACGCCACAGGGCGAUUGCGAGUGUGGCGUCCAUCCUUCGGUCUUCUACCUUCUGGCGACUCUUCUACUUACCAGUUGUUCAACGGCGAUGUUAUGCGCGGCUAUCAUGACCGAACACUGGGAGCAUGUGUCGUGGGAACGAAGCGCACUUACGGCUUUGGCGAACGCCUCCAACACUGCCUUACAAUGGCUGCUCGAUGAGAAAGUUGUUAAGGUUGAAGACACGAGCAAGAAAAAAGGUGGAGCAACAUUCUUAGUACCAAUGAAUGGUGGCAUUUGGAAGAUGUGUGUGUCUUUGGAAGAGGAAGAAGUAUCAUUACUGACGAAUGCCGGUUUCCCGACAGAGCCGCUGUGCACAAAUUAUUUAGCAGACGACGAAUCUGAGGAACCGCGGGCUGAUUGGCAGCAUAGAAUGCAGAAUCUGUCAAUAUCAUGCGCGUUAGUCUGUCUCAUAGUAUUAGGUAGUGCUGCGCUGGUUGGAGCUUUCGGAGUUUGUAAGCAUCAGAUCAGCGCUGUGCUCAUCACUGGUGUUAUGUACCUUUUAGCGGGUUUAUUUGCGAUGUUCACACUAAUGAUAAUACACUUCAAGCGUGUACAAAGAGUAUCGACACGGGGAAGUCCCCACGUGGACGAUACAGCGGACGGUUUAAUUGGCCCACGUGGCCCCGCUCUCCCUCUAUUAUCCGCGAGGGAAUUCACUACAUCUUGGUCGUUAGAACUAGGUUGGGCAGGCGUAGUACUAGCCACGACUACUUCGUUACUCUGGAUUCUGCUUUCUAAGAUUAUGAGAUAUAAUCCACUGUCAAGCAUGAUGAUGUAAGCUUUUAAUAACGCACAUUGGACUUUAUACACCGAGAGUUAUAUAUAUGUUACGUGAUGACUUACUUAAAAAUGUCUUAAUUUUUUAAUUGCAUACGAAUCCGACCAAUACUAUCUUUAUCGCUGACCACUAUAGUUAAUAAUAAUAAUAUUUAUAAAAACCUUAUUUCGGAUACCUUACAUUUAAUUACAUGUAUUUUUCUAUGAUUCAAUUCUUUCUAGAUAUCUGUGUGCCCUUUUUUGGCAAAGGCCUCCUCCAUUUCUAUCUGCACUAUGCCACGCCACGUGUUAGUUGCCAUUCUGCAAUUGCUGCAAAUGCUAAAUGUACUAAUGUAAUAACAGUAUUCAAUUAUGUUUUUUUAGUAAAUUGAUGUUUAUUUUAAAGUUAAAAAAGGAAGGUCUAAAUUAACUACACUGGUAAGAAGAACUGGCAGGAAACUCUCCACGAUUGUUUUUAAUCAUCAAGUUUUUUUGUAAAUCGUAAGAAACAGUGACCAUAACGCCAUGUUUCACUUGACAUUCAAUUAAAGCUUGUAUAACUACCCGAAUUAAAAAUCUAAAGAAGUUUAACAGCACUUUUAAACUAACGUUCUAACAUCGUCCGUCACAAAUAAAAAAAUACUAAGCUUUCGUUAAAACGGUGCAAUGAGACUAAUUUAAUUUUUAUGAAUAUUUUGAGAAUUUAUGCAAAGGAUAACAGUUUGGUCGAAUCCGCUCUAAGACAAUUUAGAUAUGGCAACAAUUUGUAAUUAAUAUGUAAUUUAAAAAUUAAAUAACUCAAAAGUUAGUACAGAUACCGGCAAACAUCUUGAACAAAUAUCCUUGUCUGCGCAAACACGAUUUAUAGGUAUCACUGGAGGACUGGCGGCGACGGGAGAGUGACGUGUCGAUCGCGUGAUUGGUAAAUCAGUUGUCAUUAGUGAGCAGUGUCACUCACUUGUUUAGUGCUCAAGAAGUUUGCCGGUAUCUGUAUAAAAAUUAUACUCGUAUCGGUAAUGGUAAAGUCCUUUGUCCGUUGGAGCUUUUUAUUUGUACAAAAAAAAUACCGCUUAAUGUAUACUAAAAUUAUAUUAUAAAAAAGGCCGUUGGCUACGUAAGUAUCAAGAGUCAAUUAACAUAAAUACACUGUUAUAUCCAUCUUUACUAAUUCAAUAUGUUAACAAAAUGGAAUGGCAAAAUAAGUUGCCUUUUUUUCAGAUAUAUAUCUCGUAUAAAAUACCCAUAAAUGUAGUUAUUUUAAAGGAUUAAAUCUUUGGCCGUCCUAGAAGUCAUGGCAAAAACGGCAUUAUAAUUUUUCUCUGAAAUCCGUUUCGCCUUACUUUGCCUUCAAUGCGCUAAUAAAAAAGGUAUAUUUAAAAAAAAUAAAAACACUUGUGGUAUGAAUGAUGUAUCUAAUGGCUACUUAAGCAAUUUAAAAACAUGAUUUUAUUAAACAUGCUGGUUGUGCUUCUAUAAAGAUAAAUAUAGGGUAAGUUUUUGUGCCCAUUUAGUUUAGUAUUUGCCCAAAUGCAAGGUUAUCUUCGCACUUCACUUAUUUAUGCACGCUUUAUAUAAAGCCUUAUUUAUACAGCCACAGGCUUAAAAAUCCAUUUUAAAUUGUAGGUUUAACAAUACAACGAUUUAAUAAUAAAUUUAUCAUAUAUAUUAUACCUAAAAUUGUAUCUUGCUGCUAUAAUACCCUCCUUAUUCAUAAAAACAUAAUGAGUCUUAUGUAAACUCCUUUAUACAAAAGUGAUGUAUCUUGUUUGCAUAGCGUAAACAUAAUUUGACAAAAAUGUGAUCUGUCAAAACUGUAAUAAAAUUUAUUUUGUUUUUAUGAAUGUAUGAAUAAAUGCUAAUAACAUAUAGCUGAAUAUUAUCAAGGUGCUCUAUCUGCUGUUUCU